UUUAAAGCAGUAUGAAUGUUGCCUAGGGUGUGUCUAAUAGGGUAAUAUUGUCUGAUAAAGAUUUAUCAGAGCAGGCAGUGAAUGUUGGACAGAGGUGAGCUCCAUGACACGAGUAUGUGUCAAAACAGGAAAUCGGCGCACUUCAAAACACACAGGUGACACUGAAAGGAAAUUUUGUCCGUUUUAAAACAUAAGCAGUUGAAAGUUAAAUCAUAUCACAUCAUUUGAAGAUGCAAAAGAUACAUUAUUAAAAAUGUUUUAUUCAAAGUUGAGAGUAUUGGUGUAUGUUUUUCAGGAAAAUAUUUCUACUUAAAAAUGUAAUGCUUAAUUCAAUGUUAGUUGUUUCUUUGUAAUUAUUUGUGAAAGUUACUAGCAAUUUCUGUCUGAAACAUUGUUUCAAAGGAAGUUUCUUUUCAGUGUAUAUCUUCAGGUUUCAACAGAUUAUUUUAAAUGUCUUCUAAGCUUGAUUAUGUCUUUGAAGUGACUGCUACUAAGAACAGAAACGGGUGAAGGGUUCAAAUCAUUACAUCAACAUAUUUUUUUUAAACUAUUCAUAUCUUAUGAACACAAUUCUAACUAAAACACUUAAUCCAGUGAUUGUUAUAUAAAUUCAAAUAGCACAGUGUUCACGUGUGUGUGUGUGUGUGUGUGUGUAAUUUGCAAGGUAACCAUGACAUUGAAUUUGGGUUGAAGCUACAGGACAUAACACUUCCCCCAGUGGGAGGUGCAUGACACAGCUAUUGACGGAGAGGUGGAGCUCUAUGAGGUCAAAAAAAAUAAAAAUUCAGCAAAAAGGGUGACUACGUAGUAGAAGAAGAAGCAUAGCAGACAAAUAGAAAAGAGAGGAGCACAUGAAUGAAAAAGACAUGAGUACAGAAGGAAAUCAGAGUACAGGAGGAGGAGGAGUGGUGGACACAAAACCUGGCCAGUCUGGGUGGAAGCAAUUCCAGUGCCCCAUAGCUGAUCCACACUUUCCUAGGGAAGAUAUAAAGAAGAUAUGGAAGGAGUGUCAGUACGAGAGCUUCUGGUAUCGAGCUCUUCCACUCUCUGCCGGCAGCAUGGCUGUGACUGGUGGCCUCAUUUACAGCGGCGUCUGGAAAAAGUCCAAGCGAUUUGGGUAUUUCCCUAAACUGCUUUUGGCGGGAAUUGUGGGUUACGCAAUAGGCAAAGCUUCCUAUGUCGGGACCUGCAGAGAGAAGUUCAACAAUAAACUGGGACCAGAGUUCGCCAGAGGGUUUAGUCCUCCUGGAUUUAGAGCUGGUGGCUCUAAACCUGGACAUAAACACUGCAUCCAUGUGUGUGAAAAGUGCAAGCAAGAAGAAGCACAAAGCACAGCAACAGCAUCUGAUGCACCCACUCAGAGCUGAGAGUCUUUGGAAUUCGCAGGACAACGCUCAUUACCCCAUGUCAUUUUUUUUUAAUAAAAAAUAAAUAAAUUAUAACAGAAAUAUUUAGUCCUUUUGAAAAUAAUGGAAAACAAAGCAGCUAAAAUCAUCUUGAAUGGAGCUUAAGCCUUACUAACCAGCAGGGGGCAC